AUGGACGGAGAUAGACGUAUCGCGACGGGUCAGACUACCGUCUCGACCAGUUCAACCCUCCUCAAUGAAGAUUUCACAAUCGAUAAUGUCUCCAAGUCUUACGAUGCGAGCUCGGUCGAGCAAAGGCACGAUCAACAAGACCAAUCUGUUGCUGCAGAUGGCGGCGACGAUGACGAGGAUGUGACUGAGAAUGUUAUCAGAGAAGCGACUGCUGGCAAUGCCGAUUUGACUCGCACAAUGUCUGUCCAUUACAUCGAAGGACCGAAAUUGUACGCGUUGAUGGGUUCUUUGACUUCGAUUUUCUUCCUGGUCAUGUUGGAUGUUUCUAUUGUUUCUACGGCUGUUCCGGAUAUUACAAGUGAAUUCAACUCGCUGGCAGAUGUCGGUUGGUAUGGAACUGCAUAUCUACUAGCUUGUGCCUCCCUCCAACCUCUAGCCGGAAAAGUCUACUCCAAUUUUCGCUCCAAGAAUAUUUACCUUGGUUGCUUUUUCGUCUUUGAAGUCGGCUCGCUUAUCUGCGGUGUGGCCACGUCUUCAAAUAUGCUCAUUAUCGGACGAGCUAUAGCCGGUAUUGGAUCGUCUGGUCUCAUGAAUGGCGGUUUGACUAUCUUGUCGGCUUCGAUGCCCUUGCACAAGCGGCCCAAGUAUUUCGGUAUCAUGAUGGGUCUUGCUCAGAUGGGAACUAUCUGUGGUCCGAUCAUAGGAGGUGCUUUUACUACCUAUGUCACCUGGCGUUGGUGCUUUUAUAUCAACCUCCCCGUCGGCGGAGUUGCAGGUGCUAUCCUGCUAUUCUUCAUCUCUGUGCCCGAGACAGUCAAACCACGCACCGAGACAGUCACGAAAAUUAUCCUCACCAAACUCGACCUCAUUGGCUUCGUGCUUUUCGCCCCUGCUGCCAUUCAGGUUUUCCUUGCCCUUGAAUGGGGUGGAAACAAGUACCAUUGGUACAGUGCUACCAUCAUCGGUCUGUUUUGUGGCGCUGGCGGCACAGCCAUCCUAUUCGGAAUCUGGGAAUACUUCCAAGGCGACAAGGCCAUGGCGCCCUUCUCCAUUCUCAGGCUUCGCACUGUUUGGACAUCUGUCUUUGCCAUGUUCCUGUUCUUUGGCUGUCUGCAGAUCGCCUCAUACUACCUCCCCAUCUAUUUUCAGACCGUCCGAAACGCAUCACCAAUGAUGAGCGGUGUGUGGAUGUUGCCUAAUGUUCUGAGUCAGCUGGUUGCUACUGUUGCUUCUGGAACGCUUGUCGGUCGCAUGGGCUAUUACCUCCCCUGGAUGGUAGCCGGUGGAUCCCUCAGUUCCAUCUCCCUCGGACUCAUCUCGACCUGGAACCCAACCACCUCCAUCGGCAAACGGAUCGGAUACCAGAUCCUCCUGGGAUUCAGCCGCGGUCUCUCCAUGCAAAUGCCACUGAUCGCGGUCCAGAACAGCAUUCACCCCAAAUUUGUGCCCGUGUCGAUGGCCCUAGUCUCCUUUGGCCAGACAUUCGGUGGUGCCGUAUUCCUCUCUAUUUGCGAGACCAUCCUGUCCAACCAGCUCAGCAUCGACCUCCCUAAAUACGCUCCGGGCGUUGAUGUGGCCUCGAUCAUUGCCGCUGGUGGCUCGGGGUCUGCGGUAAGAGCAGCUGUGGGUAAUAAUCCUACUCAGCUGGCGGAAACACUCGUCGCGUAUGCCAAGAGUGUUAAUGCUGUCUUCUGGUUUGGUGCGGCCGCGGCUGCGUUGUGUGCUUGUGUCGCGUGCGGUAUGGGCUGGAAGGAUAUCAGAAAGAAAGAAGCGCCGCCCAAACCCGCUCAGGAGGACCCUGAGAAGGGUCUUGCGGUUGCCACGUCUACUGCCAACUCGGAGCAGGCUACUGACGUCGAGGCUGAGGUCGUGAAAGCUGAGAAGUCGGAAGAAAAGGUUUAA